AUGGAGGGUGGUAAACUAGCUCGGUUUACAUAUGGUGGUUUAUGUGUUUUGCAAUAUGCUUUGAAUGAAGAUCCUAAUUGCGUGUUAGAUUGUGAUGUCGAUGUUCUCAACAUGUUGAUGGUUCUUAAUGUUGUUGGGAAAUCCAUUGUAGAAAUAUUGGUUAUGGAUAAAUGUCAUGGUUCCAUGAGGGUAGUUUUUGAGUUAAAUGGUGAUGAUGUUGAUGCUUAUAAGUUCUUGCCUUGGUAUGUUGAAUAUGCUUGUUCAAGCAAUCCUGGAUCUGUUGUUGAGCUUGAAGUUGUACCGGAGAGCAAUAGAUUUCUUCGUUUGUUUAUUGCUUAUGAUGCAUGGAUAAAAGAGAUUUUUGAGGUUGUUUAUGCUAUUGUUGAUUCAGAAACGAUAACAAAUUGGAGAUGGUUCUUUGCAAUAGUAUAUGGUAUUUUGAGGCCUCAAGGGAGGAAUGUGAGUACUUUAUUUCCAAAAGCUACUAGUGAAGGACUAAAGAAGAAAAUGAUGAAUCUGUUGGCAAAUUGUGCGUACUCAUGUACUCCAUCUGACUUUGAUGAUUACAUGGCGGAAUUCAAGGAUAAUGGGAAAGGGCAUGUGAAGAAUUUUUUGUGUGAUUUGCAAAAAGAGGGCUAUGCUAUUGCCCAUUUUCCUGAUCAAAGAUGGGGAUCGAUGAGCAAUACACUUUCAGAAUCUUUUAACGCCAUGGUGUCAAAUAGUUGUUGUAUGCCACUUUUGGAUCUUCUUGAAGACAUUAGAGUUUGGUUGAUGGGUAGUAUGGCUGAGAAGAGAAUAUUUGGUCAGAAUAUUCAUACGAUUUUGUGUCCAAAGAAAGAAAAUAAGAUGAAGUUGAUGUUGAAGGAGGGCAUGCAUUGGAGGUUUAGUUGUUCUGAUGUGGAUGUUUUUGAAGUUAGGAUGGAGUGGAAUCAGUUUGUUGUGUUGCAACAUGAUAAUCGUGAUGUUUUUUAUUACGUUGAUGAUUACUGGAAAGCAAGCUUUUAUUAG